AUGGAGGAAUAUGAUAUUAUUGUGCUUGGAACUGGACUUAAGGAAUGUAUCCUUUCUGGUUUAAUGUCUCAAAGUGGGAAAAAGGUUCUUCACAUUGACAAGAAUCCUCACUCUGGAGGAGAGAGUGCAUCCAUUUCUCCCCUUGAGGAGCUGUACAAGAACUUUAAGGUUCCAGGUUCUGCCAAGUCUAUAGGCCAUGGAAAAGAGUGGAACAUCGACCUUAUACCUAAAUUUUUUUUUUCCAAUGGCGAGCUGGUCAAAAUCUUGGUGCACACUGAGGUUACUCGGUAUAUGGACUUCAAAGUUGUUGAAGGCAGCUAUGUAUACAAAGCAGGCAAACUGCACAAAGUCCCCUGCACAGAGGAAGAAGCUCAUGCUUCAGAUCUGAUGGGCAUGUUUGACAAGAGAAGGUUCAGGAAGCUGCUGCUUUUUGCUCUGAACUUUGAUGUGAGAAAACCUCGGACCUACCAGGACAUAGAUCCUAACAAAAUGACCACGCGGGACCUCUUCUGCCGCUUUGACCUGGGACUAGAUGUCAUGGAGUUCACAGGUCAUGCCAUAGCUUUACACAGCAGUGAGGGUUACCUGGACCAGCCGUGUGGGGAAACCAUCAGACGGAUCAGGCUGUACUCUGAGUCUCUGUCCCGCCACAACACCAGUCCAUACCUCUACCCGGUAUAUGGGCUGCGUGAGCUACCACAGGGAUUUGCCAGACUGAGUGCAGAGUACGGAGGAACUUUCCUCUUGAACAAAGCAGUGGAUGAGGUUGUGAUGGACAACGGCAAAGUGAAAGCUGUAAAAUCUGAGGGGAAGCUUUUUUACUGUAAACAGCUCAUCUGCGACCCCAGCUACGUUCCUAAUCGAGUGAGGAAAGUGGGGCGUGUGAUAAGAGUCAUCUGUAUAUUAAAUCACCCAGUUAAAAACACCCACGAGGCCAACUCCUGUCAAAUCAUCAUCCCUCAAACGCAAAUCAACAGGAAAUCUGACAUUUACAUAUCCGUAGUGUCCUAUGCCCACAAUGUGGCCUCAGACGGGAUGUACAUUGCCACAGUGAGCACGACUGCAGAAACCAGCGACCCAGAGAAAGAAGUUCAGCCAGGCCUGGAGCUUCUCGAGCCCAUCAUGCAAAAAUUUGUUAAAAUCAGCAAAGUGUUGGUUCCCAAUGAAGAUGGAAAAAAGAGUCAGAUAUUUGUGUCCUGCUCAUACAAUGCAGUAAACCACUUUGAUGCGGACUGUGAGGACAUCAGAGACAUGUACCGCCGGAUCACAGGAACAGAGCUCCGCUUUGGAGGAUCAGAGAGACACCAGUCUCUCAACUCGGAUGAUGACUGAGAAAGACUUUCAACAUCAGGACCAAAGAGUUCAAACAGCUGGGAGGCCAUAAUGCCAUUAUGAAUGAUUAUAUUGCUACACAGCUGUAAAGCAGAGGGUGUUCUGUAGUACGUAGACUGAAUUGUGAGUGCACUAUGUAAAUGCUGGAUGUCUAAUUUGUU